GUUGACGUUUAACUUUUGGCAUUGUGGGUGCAAUUUUAGAUAAAUAAUGGACUUGAUACUACUUGUUGGCAUUGCAAUUGCACUGUUAGUUAUCCUGAUAACGCUAUAUUUCCUGCAGAACAAAAAUUCAAAGACAGAAACAAAAGCAGCUGCGCAACCUCAACGUGGCGUCCCACAACGAGCUCAGGAGGGCGUGCCAAGGCGUGCACAAAUUGCGCGGAAUCAGCGCAAUCGAUUGCGUGCGAAUCAAAAUGCUCCAGCGGCCGCAGCUGCGGCGGCUGCACCUGCCGCUGCUGCCAUAGACACAGAUAAUGACGAAGCGGCGGCAGCUGGUGACGAGAAUGGGCCACGAGUGCCACAGGGUGCUGUCCUGGAUGAAAAGAUGGGCGCCAAGAAACGCGCCAAAAUGGAAGCUAAAGAACAAAAACGAUUGCAGCGCGAACAAGAGUUGCACGAUCGUGAGCAGCGCAAGGUGAAGGAGGCCAAAGAAGAUGCAGAGCGCAAGCAGCAGGAGGAGCUCGAGGCGGAAGUGGAACGCAAAAGAGUGGAAGCCGAGCGAUUGGCCAAGGAAGAGCGUGAGCGCAAAGAGCACGAGGAGUAUCUCAAAAUGAAGGCAGCGUUUAGCAUCGAAGAGGAGGGCUUCGAAGAAGGCGAUGCCGAUGAGAAGGAGAGUUUGCUGGCCGACUUUAUACAGUACAUCAAGGACAAUAAAGUCGUUCUACUAGAAGAUUUGGCCACAGCAUUCAAGUUGAAGACUCAGCAAGCCAUAGAACGUAUCCAAGAGCUGCAGGCAAAUGGGACAAUAACCGGCGUCAUUGACGAUCGCGGCAAAUUCAUUUACGUCUCAGAAGCGGAGUUGGCAGCCGUGGCCAAGUUCAUCAAGCAGCGAGGUCGCGUAUCGAUUGCGGAUUUGGCAGAGAGUAGUAAUAAGCUGAUAAACCUAACGCCCGUUGCAACUGGUGAAGGUAGCGUCCAAUGAGAUUUGUUAACUAUUGUAUAUAAAUUAUAUAUAGUUGAAAAUUGUAUACAAA